UAUUUUCACCUUAGUAUUUUUAUUUUUUUUCUAUGAUUAUGUAUCGAAUAUUACAUGCAUUUGUUGUUGCAGACAUGGCAGAUUGUCUCUCUUUAUGCAUUGCAUGCCCCUUUCCUAGCAUUUAUAUGAAAAUGUCUCCCCGGAAUGCCCAUGCAGUAUGUUAGAUCAUGAAAAAGGACUCGAGUAAUUUGGAAGAUGAACGGUAAAUAUUAUGAAAGAUCUAUAUGAAGUUAAAUUGAUGGAUUUUUUUUUUUUUUACUUCUUUUUCUUUCUGGCGGUUCCUGUGGAUUUUAAUUUAGACAUUUGGUAUGCUAUAGUUACUUUCUGAUUCCCUUUGUUCAUCUCUUUUAACAAAUACUUGCUCAUGACAUGGUAACCAAAAGACUAUGUGCACCCCUGGUUGAGAAAGUGCUUACAUGUAUGGAAGGAAGUCCAUUUCAAUCCUAUCACUCCAUUUCAAUCCUAUCAUAAAAGAGGAAUCCAACAGUCCUAUAAAAGUUAAAAGUUUCAAUUUUGAAGAUUCCUGAUGUUUCUUUUCAAAUUUUAAUGGCACCCACUUUAUUCUCUUUCCACAAGCAUUUAUUUGCCCUCUGUUUUUCUCCUUGUACCAUAAUCUGUCUACUCUUCCCUCAUAGGCUUUUGAUGAUGAAAAGUAAACCAAAUUCAAGGCCUCUUCUGUUUGUUUGUCUUUCUUUGCUUCUUUACCCUUCUCGUUUCUCUUCUUCCCAAAGGACUUGCCCAAAUUGUGGCUCCAUGGAAGUCCCAUAUCCUCUAAGCACCAACCCCAGCUGUGGCGACCCUGAUUACAGGCUUCGUUGUGAUGAAGUGACUCACAAACUUUACUUUGACACCCUGAAUGGAAGUUCUUAUCUUGUCCACAGCAUCCAUGCUACCCUGCAUCGUAUGGUGGUGCAACCGUCACCUUGGGUGCAUGGGACAUGCGUCACAAAGGACAUGGUGAUGAGUGAGGGCCUCUGGCUGAACCAGACGCUCCCUUUCAAUGUUACAUCAUCCAACACAAUUUUCUUGUUCAACUGUUCCCCUCGCCUCUUGCUUUCCCCUCUCAAUUGCUCAUCCUCCAGUCUUUGCCAUCACUACCUGGAGAACUCAGGAGGUGUCGACCCAAGCCGUGCUCUCCAAUGCUCAAGCGGGCUUGAACCAUGCUGCACUUUUGUUGCUGGUGGAGUACCUUCAGCUUACAAGAUACGGCUUCACAGGUCAGGUUGUCAAGCAUUUAGAAGUAUCCUUAAUCUGGACCCAUCAAAACCUGCAAGUCAAUGGGUCGAAGGAUUGGAGAUUCAAUGGUAUCCCCCACUUGAGCCUGUUUGUAGAACACAACUUGAUUGCUCUAAAGAUUCCACUUGUUCAAGCACAACCAAAACUGGCAUCUCCCGUUGUCUUUGCAAUAUGGGAUACUAUUGGGACCAUACUCGUGGAACUUGUUCAAGAAAGGCCAAACGAUCCACAGCCAGCCGCAGUCGGAAGGUUGCAUGUGGAGUAUUUUCCUUUCUGGCACUUGCAAUUGCAAUGACUAUCAUCUUGGUAAGCAAAUCAGGUAGACUAUCCAAAAGAUCAAAGCGUGUAAAGGAGAUGGAGGACAUGAUGAAAGCAAGCAAUGGGGGGAAGCCAACAAGGUUGUUCAGUCUGAAGGAGUUAAAAAAGGCAACUGCUGGGUUUUCCAAGGACAGGCUGUUGGGGAGUGGAGGCUUUGGAGAGGUCUACAGAGGGGAGCUUCAAGAUGGGACCAGCGUGGCCAUUAAGGCUGCCAAGGUGGGCAAUAUUAAGAGCACCCAACAAGUGCUUAAUGAAGUUGGGAUACUAUCUCAAGUCAACCACAAGAACCUGGUUAGACUCUUGGGUUGUUGUGUGGAAGUAGAGCAACCGCUGAUGAUCUAUGAGUACGUAUCAAACGGCACCCUUCAUGGUCAUCUGCGUGGUAAGAGGGGCACAUUUUUGGAUUGGAAAAGAAGGCUGCAGAUAGCUUUACAGACAGCAGAAGCCUUGACCUAUCUUCACUCCUCAGCACACACUCCCAUCUUCCAUAGGGAUAUCAAGUCAACCAACAUUCUAUUGGAUGGAGAACUCAAUGCAAAGGUAGCUGAUUUUGGUCUCUCCAGAUUGGCUAAGCCAGGAUUAAGCCAUGUUUCUACUUGUGCACAGGGCACAUUAGGGUAUCUUGACCCCGAAUACUAUCGGAACUACCAACUCACUGAGAAGAGCGAUGUCUACAGUUAUGGGGUGGUUUUGCUCGAACUACUGACUUCACAGAAUGCAAUUGACUUCUCACGAGACCAGGAUGAUGUUAAUCUUGCUAUGUACGUGACUGACCGCGCCAACCAUGGUGCAGUAAUGGAAGUCAUCGAUCAUAAGUUUCUAGGUGACGAACCAUCAGCUGAGACGAUGAUGAGCAUCAAACUCUUUUCAGAUCUUGCACUUGCCUGUCUAAGGGAGAAGAAGGCAGAAAGGCCCUCUAUGAAGGAUGUAGUUCAAGAACUCCAAUGUAUUUUAGGAAUGCUAGAUUAGAAAAAGGUUUCUGGUCAUGUAGGUCUUGAUGUUAUGUAAGACUAAUGCCAUAGCUUUUUUUAAAGACUUUUUAAGUACUAUUGUUGGGGUUUUUAUAUGUAAGAAGGCAUUGAAUAUUCAUGUUUGUAACUUUCUGGGGGAUAUGGUGGUGUCUGUAUGACGUUGAGGACCCCAGAUUUUCAGUAUCUGGUCUCUGGAGUAGUACAUAUUGGCUUAAAUUGAUAAAGGUGAGGAUCGGAUACUCUUCUUUGUGUACAAAGUGAGGAAGGAUCCAAAAGCAAGGCUGGGGAUUGAUUGAGACGUCUAAGAAGUUAUCAUGGAUGUGCUUCCUUAAUGAGAAGAAAGAAGAAGGAAAGUAAAGUAGCUUUAUAUGUGGGUAUUGGUUUCUUGAGAACUACAUUAUUGUAUUUGAGUGGGUUUCUUUCUAUUAGUGUUGCUUUUGCUACUUUGGGUUCAAGUAUUUGAGUGGGUUUCUUUCUCUUAGUGUU